AUGGUCUACAUUCAAGGUUCGGCAUCUUCAUCUACUACUCAAGCAACAGGACAAACUGCGUCAGGAUUUUCGUUUGGUCAAAAGCCGGCGGCAGCCCCUGCAGGUCAAUCGCAACAACAACAGUCCGCAGUAGGAACCACGAGCACUACAGCCGUUACACCGAGUGCUUUUUCGUUCAGUUCAUCGUCAAAUAAAGGUCAAACCACAUCAAUGUUCGGUGCAGCCACAACGUCCGCUCUACCCACCACGGCCUCAGCACCUGUGCUAGGCUCGCUGUUUGGUGGUGGUAAUAAAGCAGCAACCAGUACGACCACUGCCACCUCAGGUGCUACAUUAGGUUCAUUCCCAUUUGGUCGGUUCUUGAUUUUAUCCAUUUUAUCUUCUCUUGUCAACCAAUCGUAA